CGUAGAGUACACUACUUGUGGAGAAGGUCGGAAACUCCAGAGGAAGGAUAUAUCAACUGCUAUUUUCGUUUAGACACUAACGAUGUAGUAGGACUGUACGUCCUCUACCCCAUCUUGUAUGAUUCCUCUCCUCCAGUCACUGAGGUAACUGCAGCUAUUGAGGUGGAGGCAGGAACAUCGACAUUCAGAGUGAGGUGUACCUCCACUGGUGGUAGAGCUCUCAACAUGGCCGUCUCUGGACCUAAUGGAUACAACUCUGACAUCAGUACCAACAUACAGGCAGUUGGUACUCCACUGUUUCUGAGUAAUGACAGGUACACUGCCAGGACAGAAGUCAUAUCCAGUGGCAUGGUCUGGGAUGUAUCCCUGUGCAAUGUCACUAACUUUGCAUCAAGCUUUAGCAGUGUGACUUUGAGAGUUGCUACAGCUCCAACCCUCGAUCCACUGGUUCAAACAGCUCCCACUGCCAUCAGAGUGACCUGGAGUCCACCCUCUGAAACCUCAAUAACUGGCUACAGAGUUCGCUACUCUCUUUCUGGUGGAAGUGUGACUAUGACUGAUAUUAUGAGCUCUACAACUAGAGACAUCUCUGGUCUCACUAAUGGAGAGACAUACACAUUCUCAGUAGAGGUUAUCACCAGUAACAUGCUACCUGGAGUAUCUGACGAGAUGACUAUUACACUG